AUGACUGACAGCACCUCAAUAAACUCGAGGCCCCUGCUUCCCAUCGAGCUGUCGCUGUACGAGCUGCUCCCGCCACCGGUCAUCAAACUCCCGACACGCCUCGACACGCUUUCCGAUGGCCUUAAGCUCGAUGUCCGGGCCCACCAGCGCACUUACGAAGGAGCGUAUACCCGCACCGCUAUCGGCGCCCUCCUGUUUGCCAUCGUCAUCAUCAAGCUCUUUCUGAAGGAGUUUUUACCCAUAGGAGCGGUAUACACCGCCUACGCUUUAUUUCUAUACUUUGCUGGCUUACACAAGAGCCGCCAGGUCGACUUCUACUAUAACCCCGAUAAGGAUAAGGAGUACUUUGUCACGCUGGGGUGGCUGGUGAUGCUCCUCACUGCGCUCAGUUUCGCUGCCUACUUGGCUCUAUUUGCGCUUGUGCUCACUAUGUAA